ACCGUGCACACGCACUGCCAGCGCACACAGAGCGAACGAUGAGAAAGAGCAGGAAGAAGGAGGCGACCGACCAAGAUGGAGGGAAAGGCAACAAAGAGGAGCAAGGAGCAGAAAGAGGAAGAGGGGAGCGGACGCGACGAUAGGAGGAAGGGGGAGAAAGAGGACGAAGAGGGAGGGCGACGCAACGAUUUCGAGGAGAAAUAGGAGGAAGAGGGAGGCGGAGACGACGAAAGGAGGGAGGAGGAGAAAGAGUAGGAAGAGGUAGGAAGCGUGACGGAGGAGGAAGGGACGAUGACCGAGUAUCGAGGUGGAAGGACGGUGCAGGGAGGCUCGACGGAGAGGAACAUCGCUAGAGUGUCUACAGGUGCGAUCUCUAUGCAUGCGGACUUGACACGUGGCAUUUGACAGACAUGCGGAAAAAGCGCACAGGGCGCGCAUGUGCAUCGCCCACGUGCUCGUGCCGAUCCGCUCCCUGCGACGGCGUCCCUGCUGCGGACUUAAAGAGGACCGCGAGCGCACCUAUAAAGAGUGUUGGAGUUCGCGAUUAGGUGGUGUAUGGAUAGGGUGUGUUGUUGAAAGAAGACUCGCCUCAAGCUCUCAUUACACUCGGAGGCAAGGGACUAUCGUCGGAGGGCCAUUACUGCGAUCUGUCACAGGAGUCCAAGCACCAUGGUGCGACCAUUCGGAGCUAUCCGCAGCGAACCCAGGUCCGAGGAGACGGACAUGGUCGACAACGAGAUUGAGGAGGUGGAAUCCGCUGGCCCGGGGCGAGCAACCCAUCUUGGAGUGAUCCGAGAUGGACUGACCACCUGCAGGAGGAGACACCGGCGCGGCAAGAAGGGCGGGAAGCGCCGCAAGGGCCGCAGACGCAGAAGACGCGCCGCCCAGCCUGAUGCUUAAGCGACAGCGAUGUGUGACAUGAUGUGCCGGCCGGCCGCACUUGCCCCACCGAGUGCCUUCACUCCUUCCUCUGCACACACGUCAGUGACCAUGUUGUGCCGUUAGAUGGGGCAGAUCGGUCGGCCGGCCAUUUGAAUCACAAGCGCUCAUGCUGCCAAGCGAGGCAGCGAGAUCCACAGUCAGCUACCAAUCAAGCAGGAUAUUCCUCUCAGAUGGGUGGGGGGUAGAACUCUCUCUCUCUCAGAUGGGUGGCAUGUCCCUGUCAGAUGGGUGGGUGGUGAUGCUCUCUCGAGUGACUGGUGCCUGAGCUACCUUGCGUUCGUCUGCGCGACCGUCAUAAGACUCUAGUAAUGGGAUGAUAAUUUCGUCCGGAAGCUUCACAGCUUGCCACAGGGCCAUCUUGGGAUAAUGAUAAUUUCCCACGUGCUUGCUUGUUGCUGACGGAAGAUUACACGGAGCGUGUCUGUGUGACUGGGUUUGAGUGUGUCACUGGGUGAGUGCGUAGGUGAGUUGAAUAAGGGCAUUCAGAUGGGGUGAGAUAACCACUAGAUUAGGUGGUAGUGAGUGAGUAGGCUGAGUGAAGUGUGUGGAGUGAGUGGAUUUGAGUAGUGAAUGGGUGGAGAGAGAGAGAGAAGGCAGGCAGGCAGGAUGGGAGGUAGUGCUUGGACAGUGGGAAGGAAGGACUUGUUUUCAUGAACUGCUUACUCACCGUUAUUCUUUAUUGAUUGGUUAAUCCAUCUCGCCACCGGCAUAUCUGGCACAUCUU